UUAUCCAUGCCCAACAUGGAUGAUUUUAUCGAAGAAUGCCUUCGUGAACAUAAUGCCAAACGUGAAUUACACGGUGCUCCAGCUUUGAAACAUAGUAGAGCACUUGACAAAACUGCCCAGGAUUGGGCCGAAGCUCUGAUCUCUGAGCCGGCCAUCAAAAACAGCCCGUUAUCUAGCCGUGGCGAGGUUGGUGAGAGCAUCAGCAUGCGAACUAGCUCGGCAAGUCAUGUUGAUAUUCAAGGUAUUCCGCGUUACACUUUUUAUCAAUCCGUUUCACACACCAGGAAACGAAGUGGUAAUUUCACUCAGUUGGUUUGGAAAGCAACACGUGAGGUCGGAUUCGGGAAGGCACGGUCUUCUGGGAAGUGUAUUGUCGUCGCGCAUUACCGACCACCGGGCAAUGUUAGAGGACACUAUGCAGAGAAUGUUGGUGCCCCGACUGGCGGCGAAGCAGCCUCGGUAGCCAGUGCAACUGACACAGCGAAACUGGACCCUGAUGCUAAACGUACAGUGGUUACGGAAGAAGUUACCUCACCAGAAGGGAAGCGUUACACCGUGCACCGGGAGGUCAUUGAAACCACAGAACCCGAUGGUCAUGUCAGAAGGUGUGUCAACGAGACGUUCCAGGAUUCGCCCGAUCAGGCUACUGCCGGUGAUAAACAUGGUGCAGGUUCCGAAGCAGCCCACGAAGAAAAUUUCGCUGAUGCAGUGACUCGAGCGCACAAUGUCUACCGGAAACGGCACGGUGCUGCGGAUCUGCAAUUAGACCCGGAGAUUAGUCAUAUGGCACAGGACUGGGCUGAACAGUUGGUAAAUCGAGCCCACUUGUCGAACAGCGGGUUCACCUAUCAAGGAGUACGUCUUGGAGAAAACGUCCUCUGUCGUUGGUCGAACACGACUGCCACCGUUUCCGCCCAAGAUGUCGUUGAUCACUGGUAUCAAGAAAGUUCCAAGUACAACUUUAAUUCGGAACCCAAAAGUAUUCAAGGCAUUGGCGGAUUCACCCAGAUGGUAUGGAGCGGAUCACAACGCAUCGGGGUCGGGAUCGCUUCACAGCCAAAGAAAGAUUUUUACAACCAGCCCAGCCAAUCAAAAGUCAUUGUUGUCUGCUUCUAUUAUCCGCCCGGGAACGUCACCGGACAGUUCAGGGCAAAUGUGAAGCAAGGAAUGAACUAGUUGAUAUCGUCCACUCCUGUCAAAUAUUGUCAUCAGUUCAGCAUAAAGGCCGACUUUUCGUCCAUAAUUUGACGACCUUUGGUGAAAUAUGAAUAUCGCACACCAACGCUUACGGACAUACACGCAGCGCUGACUUGAUUCGCUUUGCUUCCAGACACUUCUUACAAGUUAAUUAUCUUUUUGCACUUUACGUUUCCGGCAAAUUAGCUUACUUAUUUGGUUCGCUUUUAUGCCCACAGAAUACACUAUUUCAGCGAACCCCA